AAAAUGGAGGAGAGGUUAGAAGCCUCAGGGAAGGCCCCACACGUUGUCAAGGUGAUGUGUUUGAAGGAGUUGCCAAAGCAGGCAGCACCACAAAAUGGUAUGCAGCAACCUGGAGAUAGUUUGCCACAGCGAUGGAUGGCCCAGUGUCAAGAGUUCUUGAAGGCGUUGGCUUGCCAUUGCUCGGGAUGGGGAAACUCACCAAAGCUUGGGCCUUGGGCCAAUACCAAGGCCUUUCUGGAGUCUUUUGAGCAAGUGGCCGAAGCUUGCCAAUGGCCUUCAGGAGAGUGGGCGGCCCGGCUCCUGCCGGCAUUGAGUGGAGAAGCCAAACAGGCCUUUAACAACUUGGAAGCUAGAGACAGAGAGGACUAUGGGAAAGUGAAGGCGGCCAUCUUGCGAGGGGAAGCCAACCGGAUGGAGACACUGCGACAGCACUUCAGGCAAUUCCGCUACCAAGAGGUCGAGGACCCAGGGAGGAUUUACGGACAGCUCCGGGAGCUUUGCCACCAGUGGCUGAAGCCGGAAACACACACCAAGGAGCAGAUCCUGGAGCUGCUGAUCCUGGAGCAGUUCCUAGCCAUCUUGCCCGAGGAAAUCCAGAGCCGGAUAAGGUUGUGGGACCCGGAGACCAGCACCCAAACAGUGGCAGACGAGUUCCUCCUAAGUCCCCAAGAGGCCAAGACUUGGGAAUGGCAGGUGCCGCUGGAGGAAGUGUCCCUGAGUCCUUCAGAAGCAGAGGGGUCGCCUCAGAGACAAAACUACACAGAGGCCAAGGAGGAAGCAGACGAGGAUCUCUGUUUACUCGCUAAUGGGGUUAUGUCUCCCAGUCAUCCCAGUUUGGUACCUCCUCCUGAAGAAAUGGCUGAAGCUGGGCUUACUGAGAGGAGUGUGAAUGUGAAUGACACGACUGUGCCUUUGGACCAUGCCGAGUGGGCUGCGUUAAACCCCCCGCAAGGAACGAUGCACUGGGAGGUCAUGCAGGAGAACUCCGAGGACAUCCGUCCUUUGGGAGGAUUUGUGAUUCCUAAACCGGAGGCGAUAUCCCAAAUGGAACAAGGGGAAAUGGUUUUCAGCCAGGACUCUGAGGAAGGUGAAGCAUUGCCGGACGACAUCUCAGGUGAUGAGGAACCCCUUAAAAUUAAGAAAGAGGAUUCUCAGCGAGGAAGUCGGGAGCCAGAGGAAAUAUACAGCAUGUCGCUGGAAAUAUCCCAAGGGAAGGCAUCUUUGGUGGCGGAGAUUCACGAGCAAGGAUAUGAAUCUGAGGGGCAACAGAGGAAGAGGCCAGCGGAGGGGUGGGUGGCAUGCACUGAGAUUGCAGGUCGCCACACGGCCACUAAGGACCCCGCAAGGCACACGCGGGUGAAUAGGUUUUUGCACUCCAGGGGUGGGAAAUGGUACCGCUGCAAAUCGGGGCUGCUUACAAAUCAGCUUCUUCAUUCCGGCGUGACCCCUUACGAAUGCCUCGUGUGUGGGAAACGCUUCCAGAAAAAGAAUUACCUCGCUAAACACCAGAGAAUCCAUGUGAGACCCAAGGUGUAUCAGUGCUCCGAGUGCGGGGAGAGCUUCAACUGGAGAGAAGGCUUUGUAAGACACAGAGGGACGCACACGGGAGAGAAGCCGCACGAGUGUUCCCAGUGCGGGAAAUGCUUCAGCCAGCGGGAGAGCUUGAUUCGGCACGAGAAAAUCCACACGGGGAAGAAGCCGUACGAGUGCCCCGAGUGUGGGAAAAACUUCUGCCGGAGGGAUUCGUUGGUGAGGCAUCAGAAGAUCCAUACGGGAGAGAAGCCUUACGAAUGCCACGAGUGCGGAAAGAGCUUCAAUCAGAAAGAGGUCCUGCUCAGACAUCAGAGAAUCCACACAGGAGAGAAGCCAUACAAAUGCCAUGAGUGCGGGGAAAGCUUCACACAGAGAGCCAUACUGAAUAGACACGAGAAAACCCACAUGGCAGAAAAGGCGUUAUUGCUACUCUGAGAGUUAUUACUUCGUGCUUCCCUCUUUCUAAAUGAGAUGCUGCCCUGUGUGUAUUUCAACCUUCCCGAACCUGGUGCCCUCCAGAUGUUUUGGAUUACAACUCCCAGCAGCUCUAGCCAGUAUGGACAAGGGUCAGGAAUUCUAGAAGUCGUAGUCCAAAGCAUCUGGGGGGCACCAGAUUGAGGAAGACCAGUGUAUUGUGUUUGCUAAUGGAUACAACCUUUGUGUAAGCCCAUACAAUGCUCAUGUUCUGUUCAUGCGCAUCAGUGGCAUUCAAAGCCAUAGCCCAAGGGCUAAUCCUAUUGCUGGUUUCAGGAUUUUGGAGAUCCUCAGAUGAAACACACUCAGUGGGACCCCCUUCACCUAGAAAAGGUGGAUCAUGUAAGCGGAGGAUUUUCCAUUUCCCCUUCCGGGAGGACCCCUAGCUCCUCUGCACGGUGUUCUCUGUGCAGAAGACUCCUGGGUUCAGUUCCCACCAUCUCCCAUUAAGAGGUAGUAGGUGCCUUUGUAUGUUCAAACAAAGUGAGAAAUGGCAACAGAAAUUAGGAGUGGGAUAGAAUAGGGGGUAAUAAUAAAUUCACUGCAGGGUUGUUCUAAGGAUUACAAUUAGAUUGUGUAUUAUUAGAGGGGGCUCUAGCCGUAAUCCCCACCCACUGGAGCCAACACUAUCCAGACCCUGACUGUAUACUUUUUGCCAGCUGAUACAUAUCUUUUUAUUCAUAAAGAUUGCAAUCCCACACUCCGCUAUUCAUCUGAAAACAUUUGUUAAGUU